AUGGAGCUUUUCCCUUCACAGCCUGACUUAUACCUGAAGAUCAGUAGAAGAAAAGAAGAACAAGAAAAUCAAGAUCAAGAACCAGAACAAGAAAUCGAAAGAGGAUUAGGGUUUCAGAGUAAAGCCUCAGAUGAUUCAGACAAAAAGUCUUAUGCCAACCACAUCAACACUCUCCAAUUCACUUCAAAGAAAGAACCCAUCAAGAUUGGUAAUCAAGAGCAUAAGGAGUCUCUCGAUCAAGACUUGAGAUCUAUGUUGAUGAUGAGACCAAUAAGAGGAAACCCUCUUUACCAAAAUCAAAUCCUUGACCACUACUACUACUUUCCCAGUACUCCUCCUUUCUUCUUCAGUGAAGUCAAUGGUCAACACGCAAACCCUAAUUAUAGUUAUAAUCUUCACCACCGUCAUCGGCGUCAAGCUCAGCCGCAGCCGCCGAGAUUCACGGCGAAACGAGGAGUAAGGGCUCCGAGGAUGCGGUGGACUACGACCCUUCAUGCCCAUUUCGUUCAUGCCGUUCAAUUAUUGGGUGGUCAUGAAAGAGCAACUCCAAAAUCAGUACUUGAGCUUAUGGAUGUGCAAGAUCUCACAUUGGCUCAUGUUAAAUCUCAUCUACAGAUGUAUCGGACCAUCAAAUCUACCGAAAAAACUACAACAUCAUCAGGGCAGUCAUAUACUAGUGAGAAUGGAUUACAAGUAAACAAUGAUAAACAAGCAAGAGAUCCCCAAGGUCUGUGGAGCAACUCCUCAAGUGAAGCUCGGUUUCAUUUAAAGGCAAAGGCAUCCUCAGUUGUAGACAUUUCAUCCAAUGAGAAUAUGGAUCGAAGAUGUCCAAGCUACGAACGAUUGUCGUCGGAUUCGUCAAGCCUCACAGGGACAAGACCAGACACUGAAACUCCCAAUCUCGAUUUUACUUUAGCUACACCAAAUCUUUCUCCCUAG